UAAUAAGAAAGAAGGUCGAGGGAGACCAAUCAAGAAGUACAACACUUGCUAGAUGGCUAUUCGCAAGCCUCCGUAGCCAAAUCUGCUUCUGUCUCUCUUCUUUUCUUUUUGAUUUCUGUGAUUCAAAUAAACUUACGUCACUUGCUCCUCUUUGAAGACAUGGGCUUUCUUCUCUCUAGAUCAUUUCGUAUUUUCACACAGAAAAGUUGCCGUUUCUGAUGUCACAGACUCACAUUUGGUGAUUCUCAAAGGGAUCAUUUCCUCGAAAGUGUUGAGCUUUUGAGGCAAGAGUUACGAAAAGUACAAAGACUUUAUCAUCCUUGUCAGACCGGAUCUGCAUCCACGGUUCAUGUUUUAAAGUUUCAUGCUUUGUUGGUGCUUCGUUUAUUUACUAGAACCGCGACGUGAAGUCAAAAGUUGUAUCGCUGCAAUGGAUCUUGUCUAGAGACAAUCUUAAUUGGUGUAAUUAAGAAGCCGUUUUGAUCAAUAAAUCAUGAACAGGCCGCAUAGGCUUGUGUCAACGGCACAAGCUUGCUCGUCUUCUCCAUCUCCUUUCAUACGAUCACAUUCUCCAGAUUCACCUGGUCAGCUCUGGCCAAGGAGUAGUCCUCAGGGCACAUUCUCACGGUCUUCCACCUUCUGCACAAAUCUUCACAUAUCAUCAUCUUCGAGCUCUGAGGCUCAGAAACAUCUAGGAAACACUCUUCCCUUCCUCCCUGAUCCUUCUUCUAACAGCCAGCCUGCUUCUGCUGUGGAGGAGUCUGCAAGAUCUCCAUCUAUCUUCAGUGAGGAUUUGAGCAAUCCAUUUGAUGGGAACAAUGUCAGAGACUUCUUUAAUCUCUCUGGGGAUGCUUCUUCUGAUAGAGGGUUUCAUGAUCUUGACUGUUCAAAUGACAGCUACUGCUUAUCAGAUCAAAUGGAACUGCAGUUCCUGUCUGAUGAACUUGAGCUGGCCAUCACAGACCGCUCUGAAACUCCCAGGCUUGAUGAGAUCUAUGAAACGCCAUUGGCUUCAUCAAAUCCAGUGACCGGACUGAGUCAAAGCCAAAGAAGCCUCUCUGGAGCAAUUUCUGUUGAACCAGUUUCAUCUCACCCUUCUCCAAGAUCAUCAGCAGCAGCUAAUCACAAGCCGAGAAUGAGAUGGACCCCUGAGCUCCACGAGAGUUUCUUAAAGUCUGUGGACAAGCUUGAAGGCCCUGAAAAGACCACUCCCAAAGCUGUUCUGAAGCUCAUGAAUGUUGAGGGCUUGACGAUCUAUCAUGUUAAAAGCCACUUGCAGAAGUAUAGACUAGCCAAGCAUAUUCCAGAGAAAAAAGAAGCAGAGAAAAAAAAUGUUAACUCAGAAGAGAAGAAGUUGGCUUUGAGUAAUAGCGAAGCUGAUGAGAGAAAGAAAGGAGCAAUACAGUUAACUGAAGCUCUGCGUAUGCAGAUGGAAGUUCAGAAACAAUUGCAUGAACAGCUCGAGGUGCAACGGGUGCUUCAGCUAAGAAUAGAAGAGCAUGCUAAGUACUUGGAAAAAAUGUUGGAAGAACAACGCAAAACCGGAAUGCUUAUGUCUUCUUCUUCUUCUUCUUCUCAGACAUCAGAUUGUCAAAAAAACAUGUCUAAAAACGAAGAGUCUCUGCCUCAGACAAAGAACAUAGCUUCUGAAACCGAAGAAGACAACUGUGAGUCCCCUCAGAAACGUCGCAGGGUUGAGAACAAGACUGAAUCUGAAGAUCCUGAGAGAUAGCAAGUGGUGUUUGUCACUCACUCACUCACUCAAAAGUAGAUGUUUGUAAUGUCGAACACGUGUAAACUUAUUCAAGUGUUCCCUUACAUUUGCUUGCUGAAUUCAAGUUGUUUAAUUAUUUCUUUAAUAUCAAAAGAGUGAUUAGAAGC